UUGCAUAUCAAAAGGAAAUUGCUGCAACGCCGAGUAAUUUUACAAUCAUUCAAGUCCGUUAUUGUUGGCGGAAGUGAUAUUUUGGUAAUAUCCAGCUGCAUGUGCGUGAAAUACAAAGGAGGUACUACAAACUCUUUCUAUCGUAACGGUUGUAUAUCAUUUUCAAGAACAAUACAAGGUCCUACGUAGAAUUAGAAAUUUUGAACACUGAAAAAUAUCGACGGCAUUUUGAGAAUAAUUCACGUACUGUACGUGCUGGAGAUAUGGUUGUCUCCUAAUCAUGUGAGCACUUCGGAGCAGAGAUUUCUCACUGGCUUUUAAAUUUUGUGUACACCACUUUCAUAGAGAAGGACACACACUGUUUUAAUUGUGAUUGAUGCCAUCAUCUGUUGUAACUAUAAACAAAUAUGCAUACACAAAGUAGCUGUUUACAUAUACUACUAAGAGGAAAAGGGUAAAGAACUACCCCUGUGCACAAUGGCAGGGGUACAACCUUGCCCUCCCAACUUCAAACCCAGAAAAAGUAAUCGCAUCUCACUGGAUGAGUUUGAACAAAUUGAAAGUUUAUUGAAAAUGCAAUCUCAGAAUUCGGAUGAUGGUAAUGACUGGAUGGAGGCUCUCCGAGAGCAAGGUGUUCUAUGUGAUGGAGAUUUUGGAGAUGAGGAGGAUAAUGGUGUCCUCUUAGAUGACCAACUGCAUGUGCGACUUAACACAUCUGAAGAGGAAGCACUAGCUAAUCAAGGCGUUCUUUUUAGCACUGAUGAUCUCACGACCGAUGAUCAAAAAGAAUUGCCCCGUAAACACUCUAACUUACCUGCCAGCCGUCAAUUCAAUGGCAUGCAUACCACUGAUAAAGUUGAAGACAGUGGGGGUCUUGAUGAAUUUCUUCAGCAUACUCCAUCACCAUAUAGUCUUGAUCAGGAAGAAGAACCAGAGUUAAGCUAUCUUGAUGAUAAUGACUACGAGAGACAAGGAUCAAGUCUGUCAGAUCACACUGAUAACCGGUUGGGAUAUCAAAAUUCAGAGAAUAUUAGUGAGUAUUCUAAUGAAAAGUGUGAUAGAGAGAGUGACAAUCCUGAACAUUAUCUAAUACUGAACCAUCAUAACACUCUAGCAAGGACUAUACAUGCUGGUGUGUCACCACAUCCAGAUUCAUUCACUAGAGACAGUGAUCCCAUUCCAUACUCCAGAAAUCAGUCCAUUAGAUCAUCUUUAAGAUCACUUCAUACAGAGGAAUCUGGUUCCAUUGCACUUGACAUUUUUUUAGAUCCAGAGCUUGAAAGGACAAUUCAAGAAGUAGCAUCGCAAGUGGAGAGUUUUGCAAGUCCGCGCCCCAGUUCGACAGAUGGUCGGUUGUGCUUUGCCAGUGAAAAUGACAUGGACACGACCGGUCAGGUGACCUCUUAUAUGACAGAGGAAGUCGAUAAUUUUGAAGUCAACAAUUCCUAUAAUCGACAAAUGAUCACGAAUAGAUAUAAAGAAGAGUCGGCAGUUGAAAGUUACGAGAGUGAUACAGGAGCUGUUAGUGAAUCAGCGAACUUGAAUCUUGGAAACUUUGUGCCAAAUGCAGUACUACGUAAUCGACCACCAAAGCCUUCCGCAAUUAAACUCUCUGCUAAAGCCAUGCAGCAAGAUGAAGCAAUAGGUCAUGUUAACGGUGAAGUUGAUGAUGUAAAAAAUGGACCACGGUAUGAAACAGAUAGUCAUUUGGAAGAAGCAUCAUUGGCAUCAUCAUCGGUUUGUCAUCAGAUUACAUCGCACAAGACCAACAAACCCAGGAUGGGAUCACAAUCAAACUUUAGCAUUGACUCUGAUUUGCCUCCUGAUGAAUUAAUUGACCAAUUAAAACAUGAGAAAUCUACUCGUAAACAAAAUGAUGAACUAGUUGAUCGCUUGCAGCAGGACUAUGAUGACUUAUUACAGAAGUAUGCCCUUGCAGAGGUGACUAUCGACCAGCUACGUUUAGGAGCUAAGGUGAACCUAUACUCUGAUCCUCCACCUGGAGUGCAAGGAAGCGAUGGUAGGGACACACCUAGAGCCAAUCACCCACAAACUAUUCACUUACCUCAGCCUCAGAGAGCAACUGUUGUUUCAACCACUACCUCUCACCAGAAAUCAGGAAAUAGUACAAUGACAUCUCCGAAGCAAACACCAGAGAAGAAUCAGUCACAUGGAAAAACAAGAGAAAGUGGAACAGGAACGUCAUACUCCACACCCGAAGAUGCAGUGGGAAAGGCAGUAGCAGCAUCUUACUCUGCACACGAGGAUACUCUACCAUUCCCAGAGUUCACAGGUUCAGAGGGCAUUGCUAUUGGUUUACAGUUCCAGACAAAAGGACUUGAAGAACAGGUGCAAGUAUUUGAGAAUCAACUUGCUGCUGAUGAACUUCAACCCGCCGAACAAGAUCAAAUAAAUUGCAAGCUCCGUGCUGAUCACGAGGCACUCGAACAAGACUACAUGCAAGCUAGAGAAGAGUAUCAGGCGAGACGCCGCAGGGAUGGUAACCUUAGUACCCUCAAUGUGACGUUUGAUGCCGACAGAGAGGUGGAAGGUGGGAUCUUCCAGUUGGGAAUGAAACUUGACGAUAUUAAUGAGAUUGUGGAGAAAAAUCUACGCAACCAGAGACCAGAAACACCACCAACCCGACGUGAUUUCUUCCCUGAGCACAGCAUAGAGGAUGAGAUUGAAAGGCGAAGAGUGGAUAUGGACCGGCAUUAUGACAGUUUGAUGGACAGAUAUGACCAGUUGAAGAACUCUACAUAUUAUCCUAACAGAGACCAGGAGAUAGAGGACCUUGUCAUGGCGUUGGAGAACCUACAUCACCAGGACCCAUCUAGGUACCCUCUGAAGCAAGCUCCACUGAAGUCUUCCACCCUGCCAGGCCAAUUCUUAAGUACAUCUCAAUCAGCUGUUAGUGUUAGUCCAUCAAGCCCUGGUACACAGAGUAAAGGUGACAUAUCAUUUGCUUCAACACCAGGAAAAACACCAGAAACUUCUAACAUAUCUCCACAAAAAGGUACAUCAAGCAGUAAGAUUCCUUACUGGAACUCCAGUUUGAACCAUGAGGGCAGUAUAUCAGAGUCUACAACAUCUCCAGAUACUGUUCGCAGAAAUCCUGUAAAAGAGUUUCACAGAAAUGGCAGUUCUUCAAAGUCGGCUACUAAUUAUGUUCCUCGGAAAGAAAGCCAGGACUCUCAAGGUGUUGGUUCCCGCCAGAAGUCUCCUGAGCUGGAUCGUGAUAGUGGCUUUAUGGGGUCAGAGAGUAGCAGACAAUCGCAGUUAACUAAUCAUUCUGGGUCUGGUGUUGAAAAGGUAAUGUUAAAUGGUCCUGGAAAGAUUACUUCUACUGGUAUCCAUCAAGUGGAUGAUGAAUCAGUCCUUCCAGUGAGAUCCAAGAAGUUGAGCUUCCAGAGGCAGCCAAGUUAUGACAGCUAUGAUGGUCCAAUUUCUCUCCAUUUUGAUAGUGAUGCAGAAGAGCAGUCUGUCUCGCAGUCAGAACAGACAACAGUACGGUGCCAACCUUCAAAACAAGAUCACAGAAAAACUCCUCUUACCAAUGGAAAUAGUCAUCCAGUUCCAAACCAGUUCCAGCAACAGUUUCAUCAAAAGCAGACACAUCCAUCUGCUGCAAACUUUCAGGAUUAUCUAACUCCCCAAGCUGCUGAUUGUUUACCACCACAACAAAAAUCUUUAUCUGCUCCCUAUGGUUCUAGAAAUAGAUCAAAAACAUUAGGUGGCAGCAGGCUGCCAGAAAAACCGAAAGCUCGACUACAUAAGGAUGUGGAUCCACGAUCUGAGAGAUCACAUACUAUUCAAAAUGGAUACCAUAAAGAGAGUAUGUAUCCUAGCAGAUUUUUGAAACCUGAUACAGAAAUGGUUCAUGAAGAUGACUCAAUAUCAAAUGCCACAAGAGGCAGUGUAAAGAGUGCAACCUUGAAGGCACUUCAAAAACAAAUAGUCCAGUUGAAAGACAGGUUAGCAGAAGCUGAAAGUGCUAGAAGUCAUGAAAAUGGAAAUAGUACUAAGCCUUCUUAUCAUUGGGAAGAGUUCUCCAGUCAGAAAAGAAAAGUGGCAAGUGCUAGUGCAUCAGAUACUUCAAGUGUUAAGAGUGAAGUUUUGCAUUCUCUUCAGAAUGAUGUCAGAGAAUUACAGAGCAGACUAGCAGCAGGAGAUAGACUUCCGCCACAAUCUGGUCAUGCUUCCGUCGGCAAUGAUUUACGAAAGACUCUCAGAGACAAUUACAUUCCAAAACUACCUUCUAGUGUAGAUAACUUUUCAAGGUCAACCAAUCCUAGCCGCAGAAGGAUCCUUAGAUCAGGGAGUAGUGAUGCAAGUGAUACUGUAGUUGGAAGUUUGACAUCUAACACAAGAAGGAGAUCACCAUUAAGAGUAAAUAAAGGACAUACUACAAACCUCACUAGAACAAGCAAUCCUCAUACAAUUAUAUGCACACAUUGUCAGGGCUCAGGAAUUUGUUUACAUAAUGAUCACACACUUCCAAGGUAUGAAAAUACUCAACAGACUGCUCAACAAACAUAUCCUAAUAAUUUUGCAGAAGCAAAUGGAUUCACACAACAAGUUAAUACACCGCAUACUAAUGCUCGGCCUGUUCAAUCAAGUUAUUUAGCUCAGUCACCAAUACAACCAGGAUAUUCACCACAAUCCCCAGCACCGCAAUACAUGAGCACCCCAGUUGCUCACCACACACCUCAAUACAUGGGCACCCCAGUUGCUGAACACACACCUCAAUACAUGGGCACCCCAAUUACUCAAAACACCCCCCAAUAUAUGAGCACCCCAAUUGCUCAACAGUUCAGCAGUCCACCAGCUCAACAUGCACCCCAGUACAUCAGUACCCCAGUCCAGCCAACUUAUGUACCCAGUCCUCAACCUGAUGUUUACCCACAAAAACAACAGAUGACAGUCCGAGAAUAUAUACCAACACCAGUCCACAGCCUACCUUCAAAGACAGAUGCAAGGUUCUAUGUGCGGCGACAGGAAAAAAGAGGCCGCAGUCGGACAUCCAGUGAGGAAGAAGAAUUUUACUACAGGAGGACCCCUCAUUCUAAAUCCAGAAACCACACUAGUAGUAGCAUCAAGAGAGGUUACAACAAAAAGGCACCAUCAAGUUCAAAAUCUGACGCAGGCUUAGAGGCUGCCAUCCGAGUUGCCCGCCAUUUGAAAUCCACUUCUCGAAGAAUGCUUUCCUGUGUAGAACAGGACCUUAGUAAUUCAAUGAGUCUGCGUGACAUUUUAUCGUGACCUCUUCAAAUUACCUGAGUAUAGACUUGAAUAUAUGAGAGGCUGAUUUACUAUACAUUACCCUCAUACACACGUUGAUUGUGACAUAGGAUUGGGUAAUUUCUUCCAAGUGCUUGUCUUCCAUUUUUUCACAUCCUCCUUCAUGAAAGUUUUGGAGUGAACAAUUUUUUUAAAAGCAAGUAAACUUUCUGGUAGUUUGAAAGAAGUGUUCACAGUGUUGUUUUCACCACCGAUAGUAUUAUUUUGAAAAAUCCACCUGAUGUCAAAUUAUGAACAAAGAAAUGAGGAGCUUCGUCAUACAAGAAUGCCGAAGAUAUUUUGGCGUAGCUUGCAUAAACUUAAACUGUGGUAAAUAAGUGUACCCUUUCGUCAAAAAGAGGUUGUAUUAAUAACAUAGUUUUAUCAUUUUAAAAUCUUUAUAAAAGAAUUGUAAAGCAUUGAAAUUUGUAUGCUGAAAUUAGCAAUGGAGAUGUUUUUUAUUAAGAGGCUUUUUAAAAGAAAAAAAAACUAACAUAAAUUAUAUUUUUACAUGAUUCCCCCAUCAGUUUUAUAUCAAAAAUAAAUUUUUAAAUUGCCUAUUUUAAAAAGAAAAUUUACAAAUUUAAUAAUAUCUUAGGAUGUUUGCCAUCAAUCAUUUAUACAAAAUUUUGUAAAUCUUUAAAUUGCUUAUUUUUAAAAAAUGCAACAUGUGGUAAAAAUAUAUUUAAAAAUGAUUCUCAGAUCUUUAUAUAAAUCAAUUGUAAAUCUUUUAACUUAAGCCUACUUGUACCUUUAUUGUGCAAACCAUGUCAAAGGUCAGGAUAUUUUAAUAUGCAAUCUUACAACAGUACAUUUUAUACAGCAGAUUUAUUUAAGUUGCUAACUUCACAUUAUAGGUUAGCCGAAAACUGCAACGCAACUAUUAUCACACUUCACUAAUUUGUAUAUUAUAUUCUUUGACCUUUGACAUCCAUCAUUUGUUUGCACGUAAGAAACUUAUAAGUCAGUUUGUUGCAUUAUUAUUCUGUUUUUCUAUUACUUUGUUGGAUGUCAUCCAUAUUAUGGACAGGUGCUAUUUUCUUACUCCUUCCAUUUUAUUCAGGUUUUCCACAGUUUGGUUAAUAAGAAUCUUUAAAGCAAUAUUGUUAAUGUUUCACUUUAAUUGUGUGUAAAUUGUAUCCCUUUUUGUCCCACUAAUCCUAGAAAUUAUUAGUCUCAUGCCUAACCGGUUAAUUGCUCUGUUAGUUCUGAGUUUCAGUAGUAGAAUGCUAUACUAGCCUUAUCCUUUAUGCAUACAGGUCAUUUUUCUGUAUUGUCAAUUCUAUUUUUGGUACAGAUAUAGUUUUGUUGGAUACCUUCCUUUGAUUUUUUUUUUGCAGCAAUGAAAGAUUGAAUUGCAUUGUAUAAUAAGCCUGUCUCAAAAUAAGGAAUAUUAUUUUGUUUGUCCAGAGUGGCAAUAGUCCAACCCAAUGCUGUACUACUCUGGCAUUCUAUUAUUCCAAUACUAUACUUCCAGUAGUCCAUUGUGCUACUAUUCCAGAGUUUGAAUGUCCCAAUACUAGUCUGGUAGUUGGAAGUCCAGAAAAAAAAUGAUAGAAAGGCAAUUUUUGGAAGUACAAUUUCUUACUGUAUUCUUCAAACCUGUACAUCAAUAAUUGGUAUCAUAAGACAAAUUUAAUAUACUUUUUAUACAAAAUUAAGAUUAUAAUGGCAGCCAUUGUUCUCCAAGCCUUCUACCACCAAUUCAUUAAAGAGAAAGGUUUUACACUGUUUAAAUAUUGCUUAAAUGGUAUCACAGCCACUCCAAGCUAGACAAAUUGUUAUGUUCAGUUACCAGAUAACAGGCCAACACUCUACUAGUCCAGAGUUCCAAUUGUUCACGUCUCUGCUAGUUAAGAGUUCCAAUAGACCGAUUCUGCAAUGUUUGUUUACAGCCAGUCACAUGACAUUACAGAGUGAUCAGUGUAGAAGUAGGCCUAUAGGAAAGUUAAUGUUAUGGUUUCGAAAACAACCCCCCACUGUUAAAGUGUGAAGUAGAUGGCAAGGAAAGGCAAUACGCUUGUUCAAUGUAGUGUUUAUUUAAACUUAUCCUAGCAUUCUCCUUGCAUUGUAUGCUUUUGAAAUUUAUGUGAUUCUUUGUAAACUUUAGCUAGCCUAGAAAUCGUAACAUAGUUCGGGGGUCGAAGUCGUGCAUACCUAAUCAGGCCGUAUAUAUGCAGGGGCCUUGGCCUAACAUUUGUUGAAAAAUCUCAAUGUUAUGGGGCCAGUAUCGUUUGGAGCAUUAGCAAACCAUUAGAGCAACAUUCUCAAGUUAAAUUUCCAAUCAAUUUGUUAUAGUUUACUGGUGUCCCAACCAUUCAUCGUUAUACCUCCUUGCUAUGUACAACACUGCUGUGCCAGUCCAUUGUUUACAUCAAACACCCAUUUUAAGUCAUGUGACGCCCAUCAGCGAAUCGGUCUAUUGUCCUUUCUCUACUUGUUCAUAGUUCAAAUCGUCCAUGUCUCUUCCAGUUCAGAGUUCCAAUUCUCCAUGUCUCUUGUAACUCAGAGUUCAAAUCGUCCAUGUCUCUUCUAGCUCAAAGUUCCAAUUGUCCAUUUCUCUACUAGUUAAGAGUUCCAUUUGUCCAUUUCUCUACUAGUUAAGAGUUCCAAUUGUCUAUUUCUCUACUAGUUAAGAGUUCCAAUUGUCCAUUUCUCUAUACUAGUUAAGAGUUUCAAUUGUCCAUUUCUCUACAAGUUAAGAGUUCCAAUUGUUCAUUUCUCUACUAGUUAGGAGUUCCAAUUGUCCAUUUCUCUACAAGUUAAGAGUUCCAAUUGUCCAUUUCUCUACAAGUUAAGAGUUCCAACUGAGAUAUAAACACUCUUACUAGUUCAGACUUUUUAGUCCAAUAGGCUGUUGUAAGUCCAAUUUUGCACUAGUCCAAUGUUUUACUAUAUAUGUUAAAAGCAUUUUUUUUCCUCAACUUUCCUAAAUUUACAAUUAUUAAUAAAUUUAUUUACAUACUUUUAUGUCACUGUGUCUUUCAAGAUGUAUUACAUUUUUAAGAGGCUACUAUUACUAUGUGGUAAUAAUUGAAUCUGCUUAUUUAUUUGCAUUUUUUAGCAAUAAAAAAAAAUUAACAUUCAUCUAAAUAUUAUUCAUGUAUUUGCAAUCCAUAUGUUAUGUACUUUCAGUCUGAUUUACCUAUCCGUCUUUCAAAAUGUUAUUUGCAACCACAAAUAGGUAAUAGGUAGUUUUUUUGACGUUAACCUUAACUCUAACUUUAGUACCCAACAUGCAACGCGAUAGCUACGCCUCUUUUGUAAACAAAUUGAAAUACGCAUGCACAAACCCGUAACUAACGUACGUAGACCACAUAAAAUCCUGUAAUUAACAUACUCCGCAACGCAAGAUGAAUAAAUUAUGACGUCAUACGUUAAAGUUAACGUUGUACCGCUAAAACUACCCAUUAUUGUCAUCCUCCCUUUGUUCUUUAGAAAAUACAAUUUCUGCAGAAUAGUUGUUAAACAAAGAAUAGAAAACCUAUGAAAUGUUUUAAAUAUCAGUACAGUAUUGCAUUAUAGAUAUUAAGUCACCUGGAAAUAUUUGUUGAUUUAAUACAAAUAUAAAAUGUAAAUAAUAAUAUAUUUUCCACCUUGUCUUUAAUUGCUGUAUUAAAACUAGUUUAUUGAGUUAUAAUGUUUGUGGUCAUUGAAUUUCUGACCAAUUGGUAACCUCCUUUUUUCUUCAGUAAUGUGAUGUCUGUCAAUUCAUAAAUAUAUUUUGUCUAAUUUCCUAUGAUAUAUAAAAAUUGAAUGUUUAUGAGUGCAAUAGGAAGAAUAUUUUCAUGAGUUGAAAGAUUGACUGUUCCUUUCAACGAGGCAGAGCCGAGUUGAAUGAAACAGUCUAUCUUUCAACAAAUGAAAAUAUUCUUUCGAUUGCGCAAAUAAGAAAACAUUCAUUAUUUGUAUUUUAACACACCUAUAAUAGAUGCUUGUCAUUUUAUGUUUUAUGGACAAAAUCUACUUUUUUUUGUGAAUGGAGAUUCUUGUCAUUUGAUAUUUUAUGAAAAAAGUACCCUUUUUCUAAAUGGAACAGUCCAUCAUUCCUUCAAAAAUUGAAUUGAGUUGAAGUCAUACUUAUUGUAUCUUAGACGCUGUGCAGUGCAGCGAAACGAAUGGAAAAAAUGCAUGGAUGGAUGUUAAAAUGCAUGGCGGAAACAAAUUUUCAUGAUGAGUGAUGAAAUGGGUUAAUAAUCAAUAUCAGUGAUAUGUCUAAUUUUUAUACCUCCUUGUGUAAUCCAACAAUCAAAUGACAAGGAUCUAUUUAGGUGUGUUUUAAAAUUAAUAUUUAAAUUGCUUGCUGUAUAUACUUGUUCAUUGGCUUGUUUUGAAAAUUAGAAAAAGGUAUAUUUAUGUUCCAACUUAAACAGGUGUCUAAAUAUACUAUUUGUCCUUUGACUUGUAAUUAUUUUUUUAAAGAUUUAAAAGUAUUUAAAUCACCUGAAUUAUUUGUUUUUGAUCUGCUCAAUUGGUAGCUAAUAAUCUGUAUAUUAGAUCCUUUGAUCCUUCGAAUGAGCUAUUCUAUUACUUUUAAUUUAUGGUUUUAGGGUUUUUUUGAAGAUUUUAUUAUGGAUAGUAUACAAGAACAUCAUUUUAAGACUCAUUACAAGUCCUGGUCAAGGGCUUGUGUUGUUUUUAGAGGUAGAAGAAUCCAAAAAUGUUGGAUGGGUAAACUUGUCAUUCUCGAUUGGAUGAAAAGCAUCAACCAAGUUAGAGCCCCACUACACCUUAAUGUAUUACCAGGCUGAUAGAAGAUUUUGUUUUGUAAAAUGGAAGAUGUCCAUUUUAUUCAAAUUUGCUAUAAAUGAACAUGGUGUAAACAAUUUUUGAAUCUGAGAAAGAAGGUGCUAUUUUGAUACUUUGUGAAUAUUAAAACUACAAGUUAAAAUCAU